AUGUUGCGAGCCUUUUCUGGCAGUUGCCUCUCUCUAGAGGACAUGAAGACUGUGCGCCGUCCAAACUUAGUCCAACGGCCGCACAUAUUGGGCCCCGGUGUUGAUUUCUUUACCGAAGAUGGCCAGCCUGUGCGUCCACAGCCUGGCGCACAUACACUUCAAAAGGUCUUUUCUGGAAGUACCUUGGAUCUCAAUGCAAUGAAUGGUGACGUUCUUUCCGAGGAGGAAGUGCCUCAGACCAAUAACGCUUUGCAACAUUCGCAACAACAGUAUGUAUCACCGGUCGCGACAGUAUCAACCAUUCUUCAUCAACUAUCCACAGAAACAGAAAAAGAACGUGCUAAGAGUUCAAAAAAUAAAACCAAUGUCUUGGUUAUUGGAGGAAUUGGGUAUAUAUCCAGUCAUGUUGUGGCAAAGCUUCUUGAUGCAGGUUACACAGUUCGUGUAACCGUGGCCGAUGGACUGAGUGAGCAACAGCAAAUGGAUUUUUACUCCAUGGACCGUGGCCCAGAACGCCGUUUGACCAUCUUGGAAGCGGACAUGACAGAUUCAUCCACCCUCCGUGAUGCCAUGCGUGGGUGUAAGUAUGUUAUCCAUUGUGGCUGCCCGACAGCCCCUGGUGACAAGGAUCCGGUGGGCUUACAUACAAGUGCCAUUCGUGCUCUUUUUGAUGCUGUCCGAUCCACAGGGCAGUCAACAGUGAAACGGGUUGUAAUUACAGGAGCGUCAUCUUCGGUGUUUCACAUUACGGAUCCAGAUCCUCCCUCCGGAGCCUUUGACGAAUCCUGUUGGAAUACAGUAGCUACUUCCACGACGGAUCCCAUUCCUUAUGCAAGAAUUUGUUUUGAAAAGGAGGCUUGGAGGAUAAAGCAAAUGAUUGGUGUGGAGUUAGUAGUAGUUCUACCCUCUAUCACCAUUGGGCCAAGUCGUACGGAAGAAAUUAGUGAUGCCAUGAUGCAAAUUCAAGAGUUAGCCAAUGCAUCUCCCGUUUUUCCGUAUGCCGCCAACUUGUACUGGAACUACGUGGAUGUGCGUGACGUUGCUGAGGCGCACGUACGAGCACUGGAAUGUCAAGAAGUCAAGGACCAGCGGGUUAUAGUCUCCAAUGGCUGUUUUAGUUACGCUGAAGUUGCGCAGAUGAUUAAGGAAGCGUACCCACACCUGACGCCUCCUACACGGACUGCAAAUACUUUGAUGACACUCCUUAUUGGUGCCACGCAAUCGCAAGUAAAGAUGGGAUUUCUUUGGCGUUUUGUGGGUGUUCGAAAGCGUCUGCAAACGCAUAGGGCAAAGGUGGAUUUGGACAUGACUUUCACCCCUAUGAAGGAAACGAUACAGGCGUGCAUUGAUCAGCUGAUUCGGGCAGGUGAAAUUCCCGCGCCAAAUGCUUCGCGGUCGAUGAACACGGGAAAAAUAUUUAUCGUGACGACAGCGGUAAGUCUGUUUCUCAGCACCGCAGUAGCAGUGGCGUGGGGUGUUGCACGAGCGAGAAGAAGAAGGUAG